AUGCAGAUCCAGUCCGCUGGUCCACAGUCCAAAGCCUCCAGCUUCUUCCUCAGUCAGAGAUGCGUGCUGGCCUCCAAAAUGGAAAUCCACCGUGAACAAAGUAUCUGCCAGGCACGAGCCGCCGUCAUGGUGUACGACGAUGCCAACAAGAAGUGGGUCCCGGCCGGUGGUUCCACGGGCUUCAGCAGAGUCCACAUCUACCACCACACGGGCAACAACGCCUUCCGCGUGGUGGGACGCAAGAUCCAAGACCAUCAGGUGGUGAUAAACUGUGCCAUUCCCAAGGGGCUGAAGUACAACCAGGCCACGCAGACCUUCCAUCAGUGGCGUGACGCCCGGCAGGUCUACGGCCUCAACUUCGGCAGCAAGGAGGAUGCCAACGUGUUUGCCAGUGCCAUGAUGCACGCCCUGGAGGUGCUCAACUCACAGGACACAGGCCCCACGUUGCCCAGACAGAGCCCCCAGGUUCAGAAUGGCCCCACGCCAGAGGAGAUGGAACUGCAGAGAAGGCAGCUCCAGGAGCUGCAGAGGCAGAAGGAGCAGGAACGAGAGCAUCAGGAGCGAGAACGUCAGGAGAGGGAGCGUCAAGAGCGCGAGCGCCUGGAGCGCGAGACGCUGGAGCGACAGGAGCACGAGCGCCAGGAACGCGAGCGCCAGGAACGGGAGCGUUUGGAGAGGGAGGAGCAGGCGGAGCGGGAGGCGCAGGCGGAGAGGGAGCGCCUGGAGCAGCAGGAGCGCAGCGAGCGUGAGCUGAUGGAGAGGGAGAAGGCGGAGAGGGAGCAGCAGGAGCAGUUGGACAGAGAGCAGCAGGACUGGGAGAGAGGGAGACGCAUCUCCAACGCCGCCUUCGAAAGCUCCCUGUACAGUCAGGAGUACAGCGCGACGUCCCUGGCGUCCGUGUCCCCGUCUGCGCCCUUCCCGGCACCCGGGACGCCCUCCUCUGCUACUCCCCCGACCCCGCCUCUGAGGCACUCGGCCUCCCGGUUCGCCACCUCGCUCGGCUCCGCCUUCCACCCGGUCCUGCCCCACUACGCUACAGUGCCAAGGCGGCAGCAGGCCUUCCCCCAAGCCCCGCCCACUGCCCCCGCUCCGGUCCCGCCUCCUGCGGCCAAGUCUGUGGUCUGGUCGGCGUGCAACUUCACGCCCCUGCCGCCCUCGCCGCCCGUCAUGAUAAGCAGUCCCCCUGGGAGGGCUGCGGGCCCGCGGCCGCUCGUCCCCAUUGCGGCGCCCUCGCCGCUCACCCAGAAGCCGCCCUCGCCGGCCAACGGCCCGCCCACGUUCCCUGCACCGUCGCCCGUGACCAUCCUGCACAGCCACACCCCGAUCGGGGUCGCCUGCCCCACCCCACCUCCCCCGCCAACUCCGCCCCCUCUCCCCUCCCCUGUGGCCCCCCCUCCGUCUUCUUCCUUCGUCUCGUCUCCCCCUCCUCAUCCCAGGCUCCUGGUGCCCUCUCCCUCCACAGCAACCCCUGCCGCCGCUGCAGCCACCGCCGCCUCCUCUGCCGAGCACCUCUCCCUCCCCCUGGGCCUGUCGGGGCCCGGGGAGCCGGACACAGAGGCCCACCUGCCUCAAGGGGGCUCCUCCUGCCCCGGGGUCGACCGUCCCCGCCCCUCCCCGCCUCCGCCCCUGCCACCCGGCUCCACUGUGACCACCCCGUCGGCCGGCCACCCUCCCCCGCCCCCGCCUCCUCCGCUGCCCCCGCGCUGACCCCCGCGCUGACUCCAGGCGGGACCCCCCUCUCCUCCUCCUCCUCCAUCAGGUCCGCCUCCUCCCCCGAGCCCCGCUCCCUCCCCCGCGCCCCCGCUUCCCGCCGGACUGUUCUCCCCCACCGAGGACCGUCCCUUCUCGGGCCUGGCCGCUGCCCUCGCCGGGGCCAAGCUGCGCAAAGUGCAAAGGAGCGAUGAUGCAGGGGCGGCUCUGGCAGCAGCCAUGCUCGGGGCCGCGGGGGCCAAAACUGAAGCCAGAGGCAACGGCCCUCUGCCUGGAGGAGGAGGGCUCAUGGAAGAGAUGAGCGCUCUGUUGGCCAGGAGGAGAAGAAUUGCAGACAAGGGCUCGUCACCUGAACCCGACCAGAGAUCAGAGGAGGGUGAGAUCAACACGACCCCUAAAGUGUCAGCCUGUAGCACACCAGACAUGCCCAGGAAGCCGUGGGAAAGAACAAACACCAUGAACGGUAGCAAAUCUCCAGUGAUCGGAAGACCUAAAUCCACCCCGACACCUACUGCGUCCCUAAGUGCCAACGGUGUGCCAACAGAAGCUGUUGACUAUGACAGAUUGAAACAGGACAUCAUGGAUGAGAUGAGGAAGGAGCUGUCGAAGCUAAAAGAAGAGCUCAUCGAUGCAAUCAGGGAGGAGCUUGGAAGGUCCAGCACGGCGUAGAGGACCCAAACUCCCUCUCCACAACACCUACGACCCCACAGAUAACCCACGGUCAAUUUUUAAGACAUGACAACACGACAGCAGAAAAUAAAAUCAAACAAUAAAAAUAAAAAAACGGUGACAACAAUCACGUCGAUACUGAGAGAGAGAGAGAGAGAAAGAGAGAAAGAGGACGUUAUUCGGGGCAGCGUGGGACAGGAACA